CUCGGAGCACCCGCGGGGAAGAAGCGGACGCGACAGGCCGGAGAGAGGGCGGAGGAAGAGGGAGCCACCGAGGGACCGAGGAAAUGACAAACUACCGUGACUCCUAGCAUCGCUGUACAUCAUAUUCAACUUCCAUGGUGCAGGUUUUUUUUUACCGACACUUGCAGCUUAUUCGUCAGCGGUGAACCACAGACAGACGGUGGCUGCCGAUUUGUAAGGUUUAGCUCCAGCUGAUACAGCUCCUCUCGAACUUAAAGGAAAUUGGGGUCAAGCAGGUGGGUCGGGCGACAGGGUGUUGCCCGGGCCAUGCAUCGGGGGUGAGGGGGACUCAGGUCGGGGGAAACACAGCGUCGGGCUAGGAGAGGUUCUGGGCCAGUCAGUGCGGAGAUGAAGCUCAAACAGCGCAUGGUGGUGCUGUGUGCCGUGCUUCUCCUGCUGGGCCUGGCCAAGAUCUUCCUGCUGGAUGGAGGUGAAGGAUCUGCAGCCAGUCGACGGGACCUCAGAGCGUUUCGCAAGAUGGAAGCUGGCCUCGCUCUGUCCCGCAGUGCUCGUCUCACCCACACCCUCCAGUCUCCGUGGGAGAUAGCAAGCCAGUGGGUGGGCCCGAGAGAGGUGUACCCUGAGGAGACCCCCGAGCUGGCUGCCGUGCUCAUUGCCCUCAGCACUUCCAGGAUUGAACGGGCAGAUGUGGGCUAUAAGGGCACUCAGCUCAAAGCCCUGCUGGUGCUGGAUGGGGGACAGAAAGUGGUCUUCAAACCCAAAAGGUACAACAGAGACUAUGUCGUUGAGGGCGAGCCAUACGCAGGCUACGACAGACACAAUGCAGAGGUGGCGGCUUUUCACUUGGAUAGGAUCCUAGGGUUCAGGAGAGCACCUCUUGUGGUGGGGCGAUUCGUCAACCUGCGGACAGAGAUCAAACCUGUGGCGGCGGACCAGCUGCUGAGCACCUUCCUCAUGCAGGGUAACAACACAUGUUUCUAUGGAAAGUGUUACUACUGUCGGGAAAGUGAGCCAGCCUGUGCAGAGGGAGAAAUCAUGGAGGGCUCAUUAACCCUUUGGCUGCCAGACGUCUGGCCUCUGCAGAAACACAGACACCCCUGGGGACGCACCUACAGAGAGGGGAAACUUGCCAGGUGGGAGUACGAUGAGAGUUACUGUGAGGCUGUGAAGAAAAUGCCACCAUAUGAUGCAGGGCCCAGGCUGCUGGACGUCAUAGACACGGCCAUAUUUGAUUAUCUCAUUGGGAACGCUGACCGGCAUCACUAUGAGAGUUUCCAGGAUGACGGGGGUGCCAGCAUGCUCAUCCUGCUCGACAACGCAAAAAGCUUUGGGAACGCAGCUCUGGAUGAACGAAGCAUCCUGGCACCACUCUACCAGUGUUGCAUGGUCCGCGUCUCCACGUGGAACAGGUUGAACCUACUGAGAAGUGGAGAGCUGAGUUCAGCCUUGCGACAGGCUCUGGCAUUUGACCCCAUCCACCCGGUCCUGGCUGAAACGCACCUCGCAGCCCUGGAUAGGCGUUUGUCUGGAAUCAUAGCAACUGUCAAGCAGUGCAUGGAGUCGCAGGGCCCCGACAACACCCUAAUAGAGGACCGAAUGAACCUCCCGCAUCCAUAGAAACAAGGGAGAGGAGAAAAUUGCCCCAAAAGAAAAGGAAAGCAAGGACUUGACUACCUCGGGCUCGAGAAGAGGAAGUAGACAUGAAAGUUGCUGACUGAGACAUCAGUGCAACCCUGAUGUUAAAGAAAGAGAUGCAGAGAAGGCAAAUGGAACGACAGGGGGGAACAAUGACUGGGCUUCUCUUAACCCUCAACCCUUCCUCGCCAUUCACUCUGACAAGACUGGGGUGCUUCUCAAAGAAGAACCACCCGAUUCAAAGUGUUGAACUGUGUCACUUUGAGCUACAAAAACCUUCUCUAGGGAGUGUUGUACACUAGAGGAGCACUAGCUGCUGUAAGGACACAUCUGUGCACUACUACUACUUGUUGUGACGACACUCCUGCUGCAAUCUUCCCUCCCGGUCCAGGUUCAACGUCAUCUGAGAGGAAACCAUAGGGCUCAGAGAGAUGGCGAUAGGAAGUUCAAAUGAGCCACCAACAUCCGGAUGGAAGACACAGUUCAGUUGUGUUUCAGGCUGUUUGGACGUUUACAGUCCAAGGAACUGAAAAUCUGUUUUAGAACUGAAAAUACUUAUUUUUUCCCUUUGAACUGAAAAGAAAUUGCGCUCAGCUCCUGAGCCAUCUGUGUGUACAUAUUUAACUGCGUACUAUACACAUAAAACAGAGAGAAUAUAGCUUUGUAGAUAAUAUUAAAUAAACUUAAGGGUGUGUGGCUGGAUGUGUGAGAGUGCCAUAUUGUGCCGUAAAUAUGAAAGCUACUGACAUGUAAGAAUUGAGGUGGGGGGGACGCAGAGGUCAGGUGUGUGGGUUCAUCUACAGAAUUAAACUGAUCUAUUUGGUUGUGGUUCUGACGUCUAUUUUUCCAUGCGUUCACCACUUGAAAGUCUUUUAUUUUAUUUUUUUUGACACAAACAAGUCAGACUAGCUAUCUCAUGUCGGAAGGGACCUCGACUUAACUCUUAAUUUAAUUUAACUCAAUCUCGGAAGCAUUACAAGUCAUAUCUGGAACUCCUUGGUCAUAAUUAACCUCCAGUUUAUAAAAAGUAGUUUUAGUUUUCACCAUUCAGAGUCUCACUCUCUGUCAAACUUUCUUUUAAUUUUUCCAGAUUUGAAUCAGCUCUCAUGUCCUAAAUUCAGUUCAGAUUGAACAGAACAAACUCUGAACCUCACUUAGGCCACUUUCCUCUCAUGCUCACAUCAUCAGGCUGUGGAUGGUUGGUGGAGGUUGUGUGUAUGCUGCUGAUGAUUAACCCAAUAACACUCUUUCAUCCUCAAAUUCUAACUUUCUUCAUCCUUCUGCUCUUGAUGAUUGCUAAAAUUAAAAUACCACUGUCCAAUAUAUGAUAUUGUCCAAAACAAAAGAAAAUCAUUCCUGAUAAAUAUUGUUUGAAUUGAUAUUUUGGGCCCUUUAUAACAAUGUAAUGCGUUUACGAUACUUGUGAUGAUGGACUUCCCCUUUCGACCAUGUGCUUCUGGUACAGAUCGUUGGUCACCCUCCUUAUCACUUGACAUUUCAUUACUUUCAUCGUGGUUGUUGGUAUCGUGUCUACAAAGCGUGUACACUUGUCGCAGAACUUGAACCCCGCAGAAGGGAAAUGUAAUAGUGAAACCAUUUGGCAGGUGCCCCUCUCCCACAAGCAGAUGUUCGCUCUCAGCUGCCGGCUCGUGGUGCUGUCACAUCCACCCUGCUCUGUGUUGAUGUGUGCAACAUAUAUAGGACAUCUGUUUCAUUUAUGCUAAGCAGGUGUUUUGUUGGGACGUCUCCCAGAACACUGACACUAUGACAAACUGUUUUCUGUCACAUUCUGUCCGGUCACAACGCAGAAGAUAGACGACUUGAGUUUUCUGAUGUUUUCAUAUUGUGUUUGGAAGAAGCAGGUAAAUAUUGUUGGUCUCUAGCUACCAUCAUGCCACAACAUUCAGCUUUUAUUAUGCCGACAACCGACAGUGGCUGGAGACGGAGGUUUUGGGGGUUUCCAUCCUUCCGUCCAUUCCAUUAUUGUGAACACGAUAUCUCAAGAACACCCAAAGGAAUUUUCCUUAACUUUGGCGCAAACUCUCAGUUGGACACGUGGAUGAACUGAUUCGAUUUUAGGGGUCCGAGGUCAAGGUCGAAGUGACCUCACAAAUCACCUUUUAUUUUUAUCUCAGGAACACCCCCAGGGAUUCCUUUAAAAUGGUCAAGGUCACAGUGACUUAUCUAAUUAAAGUCAACACACUAAUCUGUGUUAUCUGAAGAACGCCUCAAGAGAAUCCUUUCAAUUUGACACAAGGUUCACUUAGACUCGGUUUAACUGUUAGGAUUUGGGCCUUGAAAAUGAACUGAUAAAAUGUCUGUGGUUGAGAGUGAAGCUCAUGGACCUCAUGAUUCUGAAAUAAAAUAUGUAGAAUGAAACGA